AUGUUAAAUUAGCUAAGCUCAACUGACUCAUUAUGGAAUCCUCUUGUAGUAAAAGUAGCAACAUAGAUAGAUUUAAUAUUUGUUUCAUUAGGAUUCAGAGGAAUCGCAAUAAUCAAUGAAAAAGGAGAUUAGAUACUACAUACCUAGGAAUUUGGUAAUAAUUACGUGUAGUAUUUUGAAUCUACUUCAGAUGGGCAAUACCUUUUCAUUGCAGUUUCAUAAAAUCUAUUGGUUUAUCAUUUAGAUUUUAAAACAAAUAAUUCCUCUAAUUUUGAAAUGUAGAACUUUGCUUUAUUCUAAAACAUAACAUUUUAGAAAAAUAUUUUAUCAACUAGUUAUAAAUAGCAAAAAGAAUUAUUAAUAAUAGCAGUAAAAGGUGGUGAUAUAUUUAUUUAUGAUACUUCUAUUAAGAAUAUGUUAUCUCUAAUUUCAACUUUUAAUACAGGUUCUGUUAUGAUAAAUUAUUUGUUUCUUUCAUAGGAUGGUAAAUGGCUUUAUAUAGCAAGCGAUGUGAAAGGUCUGUAUAUGCUUAAUUUAUAAGAAUAAUUUGUGACAAAUUAAAAUGGAAGAAAAAUAAACAUUUUAAAUGCUGCCCAAGGAAGUAUUGGAUUGAGUACAUAUUAAGCUAUUGCUACAAGAGACAAUACUUUUAUUUAUGCUAUUGAUUUCUGGUACGGGUUUUUUUACUCAAAUUGUUCUCAAGUAGUUAGCAGUAAUUCAACUCAAUAUCCAAUAUAACUAUCUUUCACUGAGUUUUGGCCCUUUUAAGGCAUAUAGCCUUCAUGUCAAAAUAUCAUUAUGAAUAGGGAUGAGACUUUUAUUUUCUUAGGAGUUAGAUCUUAUGGAAUUCUCAUUUUGGACAUCAGAUAGAGAUAUCAAAUUCAAGUUUUUGAAUUAAUAAAGUUAGAUGAUCUCUUCAUUUCAAUACAAUUCUCAAAAACAGAAAAUUAUUUAUAUUUUAGUAGCUCAGAUAGUAUUUUUACAUACACUUAAGUUGAACCAAAUUUAAAUUAGGAUUUACCAAAUUUUUUUAACACCCAUUAAAUUAAGUAUCAAGAUUUUCUUGAUUUGACCUAUAAGUGGAGAUGCUACAUAGAUCCUGACGAUCAAUACCUCAUCGGGGGAUUUGAUGUAAGAGGUUUAUAUGUAUUUCCUUUUAACUAAGACCCCUAUAAUAUGGAUGUUAAUAAUUUCAAAAAUUAUGAUAUUCCAGUAAAUGCUAUUUAUUUCGAAAAAUCAAACAAAUACUUAGUUUUGCCUAGAUACUUUUCAGAAUAAGGUAUUGGAAUAUUUUAAUACAAUCCAUUAAAUGCAAAUCCUGAUGAAUAAAAUAUUUCUCUUUUAAAUUUGAAACUUUUAAAAGACUACAAAAUCGAAGAUACCUAAGUCUCAGAAAUGAUUGUUUUUAGUGCUGAUACAAAAUUUGCUGUGCAAACUUACAUGAUUGGUUUGAUUAUUUAUGACUCAGCAAAUAUAUUUAACUUAACCAUGCUAUCUAGAUGGUAUAAUAAGGAAUUUAUGAAAGGAGAUAAUCAAGGAGCUUGCUUCACGAGAGAUAAUAAUUGGAUAUAUAGCGCAAUAAGAUUGUUUGGAGUGUAUCUUUUAAAUGUUCAUGAUAAGGCAAAUCCUAUUCUAACUGAUUACAUCAUAACUCAUGGCGGUGAAAAUGUUAUAAUGUCUUAAAUAUUUGAUACAUAUUUAUACUUAUUGGAUGGUUUUAAAGGAUUUGGAAUUAUCGAUUCAAGUUAUGCACCUUAAUUGCGAAUAAUUUCAAGAAUUCAACUACCAGGAUAUACUGUAGAUGCAUGGCUUAUAAAUGAAGAAUAAUAUAUUUUAAUAACAUCUAUGGGAAAAGGUUUUUUAACUUUGAUAGACAUAAGAAAUAAAAAUUUCCCACAAAUUGUUAACAGUAUUUCUUAUGAAAAUCAAUACGCUUUUGCAUUAUGCACACCAAAAACAAGUGAAUAUAUAUUUAUAACUACUUCUACUGGAAUUAUUGUACUUCCAACCCGUAGCUAAAUUUAAAUUCAUACUCAUGUAAGUUUAGUUCAGUAAAAUAAAAUUACAGGAUAAUAAAUCCUAAGCAAACUCUAAAAGCAAGCUUUACCAUUUGGUUAAGAGAAUUCCAGCAUAAAUUUAGAAUUUGUCUUUACAGUUGGCUAAUAAAUUCAGUUUAAUUUUGCUAUCCUCUAUCUUAUUGACCAAAAUAUGUAAAUUAAUAAUAUUUACUAUUAUAAAAAAGGAGAAAAUCUACCUAUCCCUUCUUUUUUCUCCUUUAAUAAAUUUUCGCAAUCCUUGCAAUUUUUUGUAGAUAAAAGUUUAGUUUAAGAAAAUAUAAAUUAUCCAAACCUAAAUAUUAUUCUUCUUUAAACAGUAAUUCCUCUGAAUACUUAAUCAUUCAUUUAAUUUUCAAACUAAACUGAUGUUAGUGUGAUAAAUAUCACUUAAUCAUAAAUGAUUUACUAAUACCUCUAAGAAUAAAAUAUUUUAGACCUUAAUGGAAUUAUUAAUAACCAAUUUGACUUUACUUAACCUUUCCAGCUAGAUUUAUAAUUUUAGAGCAAGUUGAUUGAUCCAUCAACUAUAUAAGAAGAUAAUUAUACAAUAGUCAUCCAAUAAAUAACUUGGAUAAUUAAACUAACAUUAAUGAGAUCUUUUUACAUUAAUCCAAUCAAAUUUUAUGUUCAAACUUCUCUUUCAUUUGAUAACUAAAAUAUAAAUUAAUUUAUAACGUCUAAUACUCAAAACACAAUCUCCCUAACCCUAUCUGUAAAUAGUUCUGAUGGUAAAUUAAUUUUUAAUACCAAUCCGAGUGUUGUAUUUUAACUUUCUGAUUUAUAAGAUUAAUUAAUAAUCUAAGGAAGCUUAGAAAAUGUAAAUAAAGUGUUAUAUAAUAAGAUAAUAUUUGCUAAUUAAACUUAAAUUACUUCAAAAAGCUCUCCAAAAUAAUUAUAAGUCAACAGUGAGAACAAUCUUCAAAUAUAAAUUAACAAGUAAUUUCCAGGAGGUGUUAUUUAUAUUGAAUCUGAGAUAGCCUUCUCUUUCUCAAAAGAUUCUUUUAUUGUCUCAGAUACUUAGGAUUUAACUUACUAAUAUUUUUAUCUUUAAUCACCAAAUAAUUAUAAUUUGAUACCUCCAAAUUUUUGGUUGUAGGAAUCUGGUAAUAGCGAUAUGUCAUUUAAAGGCUCAACUACUUCUAGCAUGUUUUAAAAAUCUUAUAGUUUCAAAAUUAUUGCCUCAGAUGGAUAUACCUAUGCUGAAGACCUAUUUGUUUUGGAAGUCAGUGGGAUUCCUCUAAUUUACUUGCUGAAUCUACUACUCAAAAUAAUUGGCCCUAUUGUUUUUUUAAUCGGUCUAAUUUAGUAAAGAAGUGUAUUCUUAAAUUCAAUUUUCAGGAAAAGAGUAACUUUUCCUGAAGAGGUGGCUGUUUGUAAUGAAUUUUAUAUGAAGCAAAUCAUAAUUCAAGGAAAUAAUUAAAAAUACUCAUAAAUUAUUCUGAUUUAGCUAUUCAAUAAAGAUUUAAAGUAACUGAAGCCUCAUGACUAGCCCUUUCUAAUUGAAAAAAAGUAUAUGGACAGUAAAGGAAAUAUAAUGAUGUCUCUCGUCAUAAAAGAUAUUCUAAAUUAUGACAUUAAAAUAAAAUAAUUAGACAAACAAAAUUUUGAAAAUGAUAUUUAGAAUAUAGAUUCUAAAAUUUAUAGAGCAUUAAGGGCUUAGAUUUCUAGAUAUUUUUUAAACUUAGAUUAUAGAUCAUUCAUAGUUUAUAGCUACAUAAAAUAUUUUUGCAGUAAGGAAAUUCAAAAUUGUCAAAAUGACUGGUUUAAAGCUAUAGUAAAAAUAGACUACUAAUUAGAUAAUAUACUUAAAUAAAGCUAUUAAUCCUAGAGGUAAUCAAAAGUAUUUCCAAAGCUAGAGUUAAAAUAUAAAGUAUUAUUAGAAAUACUAUAAUCCUUGAAAUUAUUCCCAUAGUAAUUAAAUAUAAUUCCUGAUUCUUUUGAGUAACUUAUAGAGCUUUGCAUAGAACAUCAAGCAAAAAUCAAUUUAUACUUAAUUAGAGAAGUCAUAUUUGCUGAUACUUAUGGAUUUUGUGGAGAAAAAACUUCUAAGUUAAAAGUAGCUUUUGGUUAAUCAUUGCAUAUUGAUUCACAAAAAAUUAAAUAAAUUAUUGCGUAGUAUACUUAGUAUGGAAUAUCUAAAAAUAUGAGAUUGCCUACUUGGCUUUAUUUAGAUUAAAAAAAUGGAGUGAUUAUUUUGCAUGGAAUACCUGUAUAAGAUGAUAUUGAAGAAAUACUCAUAAGAAUUUUAGAUAACACAGGAUAUGUAAUCUAAUAAUACAUGCUAAAAAUAGUAAAAAAUUUAAAUAUAAAUUAAUAAAGCAAUGAUAUUGAUUAAAUUUACUAAGUAGCUGAUGAGACGAACUAUUAAAAUCACAGCAAUUAGUCAUUUAAAUAAUAUAAUUAAGAAAUAAAUAUAUUGUAAACAAAUAACUUAAAUAAAACUCUAUCAAUUGUUAAGAGAUAUUCGGAGGUAAAACCAAUAUAAAUUAAAAAUGAAUUUUCUCAAAUUUGCCUAUCUACAUAACUAUCCCCUUGUAAAAUGAGUGAUUAUAAUUUUAGAGUUAAAAAAAAUUCAAAAAAUGCUGACAACUAAAAUAUAGAGUUAAUUUCUUUAAAUGAAGAUCAAAACACUAAUAACAGUUUUUUCAAUAAUAAUAAAAAUAAUAAAUAUGACCUCACCUUCAGCUAAUAGCUUUAAUUUUCAAAAUUUCUUUAAAAUAGGAAUGACUUAGAAAAAGAAUUAACUCAUUCUUAAGAAUACAAAUAUUAAAUUCAAGAGAAAAAUUAAAGUUUAGAUGAAAUUAUAGAAUGA